UAGAACGAUGUUUCUACUUUCCCUCCAAUGUUGUAUGGGAAAAGAAAUAGUGGCCUUGUUGUAGGUGCAUUAUGCAGUAGAGUUCUUUGUCAUACAAAAAUGUUAUUGAUUGCGAAAGCUGCUGCAUUUCGGGUUUUCAGUGUUUGGGAACCAUGUUGCUGUGAAUUUCAACAUUGGCGUCUUGUUGGCUUCGGUGUUUCAUGCCGGUUUGGAUGCAAAAGCUGGCUCCAUGGCUGCUCUGCUUUGUGUGAUUUGCUGGGUUGCUGGCUGUUUACUUGCAACCCGCCUCGGGUUUUCCCUCUCUUGGAAGACUCUGCAAAGCUUUCUUCGGCAAUGAGCUGCAAUCCCGGGUUCCAUGCAAUUGUCAAGCAGGGGUUGAUGCUGAAAGACGAGAAGAAGAAAAAAAACUGAUCUCUUAGUCUGUAAUUCCAUCUGGUUAUUGGAGGCAUUUAUUUAAGGAUAAAUUAAGUUCACAUCGUUCUUUUUAUUACGCCAUUGAUUAAAAUCCUAUUUAUUUUCAAUUUU